AUGUGCAGGUUUUCGCUGCCUUACUGGGCAUUCGUUCCAGCUCUAGGCGUUUGGCCCGAUGGACCAACAACCUCUAUGAUUUCAAUGUUGCCAGCUGAAAUUGCCAAAAUCAAUGUGAAUGGAGCUCAAGAGCCAAAAUUCAAGUACCAAAAACAUCCAAACACACCAAGUAUUAACGGACCUAGCAAGUUAAGAAAGUCUGCGUCAACCCAACGGCCUAUAACUAAAAUUUAUUUAAAACCUUCAGCCAAGGCAAAAGCAGGUAAAGGAGGCGUAGCACUUUCUAACCCCAUCAGUACUGCAAUAGUAAAAAGAGGUGAUACGGUCAGUAUCGAAUAUUUGCCAGUGGCUGAUGCAGAAGUAGGAGAUGGUGGUGUAGCUAUUUCCAGACCAGAAUUAGUCAUUCAUUUUGUAGACUGAAUAAAUAUUAGUCAUUUGACUAUGCCAAUAUUACCAUAAUUAUAAUAUUAUAUUUUUAAAUACCAUGCGAUGUGUACAUAGAAUCAGCAUAACAAUUUUAUUAGAUUUUAAAAUUUCUUACAUUACUUUUUUAUAUAUAAAUAAUUAUUAGCAAUUUUAAAUUGUGCUCAAUAUUCAUUAAAUUAAAAUAAAAUCAAGUUUUGUCAACAUGACUAAUUUUUAGUUAUCAUAAAUAAUUAUUUAAAUAUUAUCAGUAUGUUUUUAGUAGAUUUUUAUACCAGAAAAAAUGUUAUAAA